AUGAGCGCGCGAUGGUGGAGCGACGUGCGACUGCGCACGCUCGUCCUCGUCAACGUCGCCGCGAUCGUGGAGAGGGCUGACGAGUCGCUGCUGCCGGCCGUGUACAACGAGGUGGGGCGCGCAUUUAAUGCAUCCCCCAGGGACCUGGGCGCGCUAACCCUCGUCCGAGCGCUCAUGCAAGCACUGCUCUGCCCACUCGCACCAUGGCUCUCCCUCUACCUGCCCCGCGUCCACGUCAUCGCCACGGGCGCGCUCAUCUGGGGCCUUGCCACGCUAGCAGUGGGCCUCGCCACGUCAUACAGCCAGGUGGCAUGGCUGCGCGGGAUCAACGGCAUCGGCCUCGCCCUGGUCUUCCCCCCGAUCCAGUCACUCGUUGCUGACCUGGCGUCUCCGACCAACCGCGGCAUGGCGUUCGGGUGGUUGCAGUUCAUGACUUACUUCGGGGAUAUUCUGGGGUACAGCAUCGGAAUUACCCUAGCAGGGUUACCUGCCCGAACAAUUAUCUGGUUAAUUGGCUUUGGGAUGGAAGGGUGGCGGUUGGCUUUCCUUACAAUUGCUGCCAUAAGCCUAAUACUAGCUGCACUAAUCUCCCUUCUCGCUGAAGACCCUCCGAGGCAAUCUUGUAGCAAAGAAGAGCUCUAUAACGAGGAUGUGUCAAGCUCGCUUGUUAAUGCGGACGGGGAAUCGCUGCCCGGUUCACGUGCUGGUGAUAGCAACCCCUUGUCUUCACCCACACACCCCCUGCUUCACCACUCACAUGCCACCUCCCCCAGCAGUUGCACCUCCCCCACAUCAACCUCCCUCCUAUCUGCCUCUAUCAGGGAGCUGGCUCAUCAACCCUCCCCAUCCUCCCAUCUCUCCUCCAAACAGGCCCACUCCUCCGCUCCACCUCCCUCGUCUCCCCUCUCAUCUCCCCACUCGUCUCUCCCACUCACCUCACCCCACCCUCCUCCUCCCUCCUCCCCUUCCUUCCUCUCAAACCUCCUACACGUGCUCCGCACGCCCUCGUUCCUCAUCAUAGUCAGUCAAGGCAUAGUAGGCUCCUUUGCUUGGGCCUCUCUAACCUUCCUUCCCAUGUGGCUCGAGCUAGUAGGGUUCUCCCACCCCUCCACCGCACUCCUCCUCUCGUCUUUCACUGCUAGUUGCAGUUUUGGGGGGCUUUUCGCGGGCUGGUUCGGCGAUUGGAUGAACGCCACGUGGCGCGAUUCUGGCCGUGUGAUCUGCGCUCAGAUCAGCGCCGGAUCGGCGGUGGUGAUGUCGACGGUGCUGCUGAGGGUGGUUCCGCAGGACGCCCGGUUUUUCUGGGUGUAUUUUGCGGUGCUGGUGGUGAUGGGGUUUAUGAUCUCGUGGAACGACGCGGCAUCGAACAACCCCAUAUUCGCGGCCAUAGUGCCGGCGCGCCUGCGAACAGACAUCUACGCACUGGACCGUGCAUGUGAGAUGUCUGUGGCAGCCUUCGCCCCGCCCACUGUCGGCUUCCUCGCCCAGGCCUGCUUCGGCUUCCACCCCUCCUCCCCGUCCCCCACCCCACCUGCCGCCGCUCCUGCCCCUUCCCCUCCUGCUUCCCCUGCCACUCCUCCUCUUGCUCCGCCCGCUCCAUCUGCGGCUGAUCCGGGGAACGCCAGGGCGCUCUCUCUAGGGCUGUUCUGGACCAUGGCUCUGCCCUUUGCUCUCUGCUGUGUCCUCUACGGGGGGCUCUACUGGACGUACCCUCACGACCGGGACAAGGCCCGGGCCGAGGCUGCGGAGGAGGCUCGGAAAAGGGAGCAGCAACAGUAUGAGAGGGUCAGGGUAGUGUCUUGA